UGUUGUGCCAGCACAGUGAAGUUGUGUAGAAUGUGCUAAAGGCAAACACAAGUAUGAUAACUGAAGGAAGCAGGGACUUGUUUUGCCUUCACAGUGCUUGCUUGCUCUGAGUUGUGCAUGUGUGGGUAGAGUGUAAGCACACCUGGGUUAAAGUAAAUUAAGGGAAGGUGAAGUUUUUAUUCUGUGAAUGUAUCAAGCUGAUUCAUGUGUAGUUGCUUGUUUUAUGAAUAUGUAUAUAACUGAGUAACAGCUUUGAUGACGAGUAUAAUUAAUAGCCUGACUGUCCAUUUUUAGAAUUUUUUUUGAGCUCCGUUUAAACUUAACCUGGUUACAUUGCAGUCGCCUUAUAUGCUUUGAGGACAUUUUAGGGCAAACAAGGACAUGAGUGUAAGUGGACCAGCAAAUGAGCUAAAUGGCAUCACACCUUUGCAGCAAAUGGUGGCCUCCUGUUCAGGAGCUUUGCUUACUUCAUUGUUUGUUACACCCUUAGAUGUUGUGAAAAUAAGACUCCAGGCACAAAGCAGUCCAUUUUCUAAAGGGAAAUGUUUUGUAUAUUGCAAUGGACUCAUGGACCAUAUAUGUGUCUGUGAAAAUGGAAACACCAAAGCCUGGUACAAAGCACCUGGGCAAUUCAGAGGGACUCUGGAUGCAUUUGUUAAAAUCAUUCGUAAUGAAGGUCUGAAGUCAUUGUGGAGCGGGCUCCCACCAACUCUAGUUAUGGCAGUGCCAGCUACAGUUAUUUAUUUCACAUGCUAUGAUCAGCUUUGUGCCUUUUUGAAGCGCAGCCUGGGAUGUAGUCCUGACAAAGCACCACUUUUAGCUGGAGCUUUAGCUCGAGUGGGUUCUGCAACCGUCAUAAGUCCUUUGGAAUUAAUGAGGACCAAGAUGCAGUCUCGGAAGCUGUCUUACAGGGAGCUACAUGUUUGUCUCCAGUCUUCUGUGGCUACAGAUGGCUGGCUGGCCCUUUGGAAGGGCUUGGGUCCGACUCUUCUCAGAGAUGUGCCCUUCUCAGCGAUGUACUGGUAUAACUAUGAGCAGGGCAAGAAGUGGCUGUGUGAGAAGUAUGGUACGAGAGAGCCAACAUUCAUGAUCACAUUUACAUCGGGAGCAGUGUCAGGCUCCAUUGCUGCUAUAGCUACUUUGCCAUUUGAUGUGGUAAAAACUCGAAGACAGAUUGAACUUGGGGAGCUAGAAGCUUUGAAUAUAUCUCCAAAGAAAUCAACCUCAACUUUUCACAUCAUGGGAAGAAUCAUUACUGAAAAUGGCAUAUCUGGAUUAUUUGCAGGAUUCUUGCCUCGGUUGAUCAAAGUGGCUCCAGCUUGUGCUGUGAUGAUCAGCACAUAUGAAAUCGGAAAGUCCUUUUUCCGCAAACGUAAUGCUGAUAGGGAACUUCAAAAAUCAUCAGAGCACAACUUCACUUCAGAAUAAGGUAUCGCUUUUGGAGGAAGACGUAGCCGGAUAAUUCAGGAUUCCACAGUGAUUCAGAGCAUCUAGUUGAUACAUGUCAUGAAAAUUACAGAUCACAAAAUGAUUUAUGUAAAACACAUGGGUAUUUGUUUUCUAAUCCCGGCAUAUCUGAAAUAGUUAGUUUCUAUACAUAGCUGGGGAAAGAAAUAAAUUAUUGGCAAGAAUGAUGACGAUAAUGGUAAAUGUUUUUUAAGGUAAGCCUUACAAAUAUGUACAGCUAUAUUAAUUACUGUAUGAAUGACCACUACACACAAACAUACCCAGUUUAUCGCAUGUGUUGGAGGGGUGAACUCAAAUGUUGAUGCAAGGAUAAUUACAAACUUUUAGAACAUUUCUGAUAAACAACACUAUGUUGUCAGCAUGCAACUAUAAGAUUCUUAUCUCUGUACCUGGUACUGUAUUGAAAAAAACUCCCCAAUGUGGCAUGUUCUACAGUAUAUUGACAGUGAAUGCUAAUAUUAUUUCUGUUUUUUAUUUAAAGAUGAGUGUUCAUUAAUUCCACAUAUUCAUGCUAUAUCUACUGAGUUUACUUUUCUUUCAACACACCUGAAGGAGGGCUUUUGUCCAAAACAUCCUCAAAUUUAAUAACCAUUAAACCUUUUGUGUACACCCCCCCCCCAUUUUUUCACACAUAUAUACAGUAAUAUAUAUAUAUAUAUAUAUAUAUA